AUGGUCGCUGGUUGCAUUCAGCACAUCAAUACCGAACGCGACAGCUAUUUUGAUCUUACUCCCAUUGAGGAACAAAAACAAAGUGAGGCCCCUACUGAAGGCAACAAUGUGGGAACAGAAUGUGUAAUGGACUAUAGUGAUCAAUUCACAACUUAUUUGAUAUUCAAUGGUAGAGAUGCAUUGCUUAGAUGGGCUCGUGAACAAGGAAAAAUGAAUAAUAUUGUCAUUGUAAUUAAAAGGUCUGAUUAUGGAGGUGAGAGUAAGAGGAAACCUCGUGUAAUACUUGGUUGUGAGAGGAACGGUAACUAUAAGUCUAGCAAGUCUAGUGAGACAACUGAUAUAAGGUUGGAUGCAAAUAGUGAUAUGAAAAAAUGUGCUAGGGACACUGGUACGAAGAAAUGUGGAUGCCCAUUCUUGUUAAAAGGAGUCAAUAUUGGUGAUGGGGAUGAUUGGAAGUUGGAGGUGGUUUAUGGAGUACACAACCAUCCUAUUUCAGAGUAUCUUCAAGGUAAUUCAUUUGUGGGGCAACUUUCUGAAGAGGAGAAUGCCUUGUUGGUGGACAUGUUUAAGAGUUUGGUGAAACCCAGAGAUAUUUUGGUCACCAUUAAAGAUAGAGAUGCAAUGAAUGUUUCAACUAUGAAGACAAUAUACAAUGCUAGGAUUCGAAAUAGAACUAAAGAAUUUGUUAGGGGAACCCAAAUGCAACAAUUGUUUACUAAGUUAUCCGAACACAAUUAUAUUGAGUGGCAUGGGACAUCUAGUGAUAUUGUAACUGACCUGUUUUAG